UCGGACAAGUCAUCGUGGUUGACAAGAAGCCCACUUCCCAGUUCAGCCUGCCAUUCAGUGAAAUAUCUACUGGCCUCCACAUCAGGGCUGUCCAUGUGAGAGAGUGGAAUCUUAACAAGGACGAGAAGAAGAGUUUGACACGAAGCAUGGCCUCAGCCAAAGAAGACGACACAUGCGAGAGCCUGGCGCACGUUAAACAGGAGGACUGUGAAUGGGAUGCAGCAGAGACAUGGUAUGUGAAGUCAGAAGAUGGUAAGGUAAAGUUUUCCAAUUUUAAGGAGGAGGAGGAGUCCAAGGAGAUGACUAUUGACGUGAAAGCUGAGGAUUUGGAAGACUUCUCAGUUAGCAAGGCUGAAAGUGGGCGUAUUUUCAAGCAAGAUGUUUGUGAAGAAUCUCGUUCGCGUUUACAGCCCUGGUUCACAAAUGCGAGACAACUGCCCACCCAGCAGAAUUCUGUGCAAAUGAAGUCUGAAUUAUCUGAGUUUGAAGAGAAAAUCGAUGACGGAAGAGGGAGAGGAGCAGCAGAGCAGCAGUCAUCUAGUAGUGAUGGAAUAAAUUUCCCAAACAAUGCCAGCUUCACCCCAUCUUUAUUUGCUCAGACCUCUCUUCAGUGCAGACUGCCAUACAAACAGGAUACUGAUAAGAAGAAGAAGAAGAAGAAAGCAACAGGAGGAUCAGAGAAUGUGAUAUUAACCUCUUUGCAGUGUAGUUCUCUUUCUGCUGACAAACAAGAGCAGACUGAAGCCAUCAAUACUGAACAACAACAAGUGCAUAGUUCAGGUAAAGUGGUAUUGCGUGGGUACAAAGAAUGCAGAAUUAAUUUGAACAAUACUCUUGACUAUAAAGAGAAGUUGGUUCAUACGGGACAGAAGUCACGUGCAAGUUUUGAAUGUAGUAAACUGCACUCCAGCCGUAGCUCACUUCACAAACGCAAAAAAGUUCUUGCUGAUGAAAAACCUCACAGCUGCUCUGAAUGUGGCAAGUGUUUCUCAGACAGCAGCCGACUUAAUACCCACAAGAGAACUCAUGCUAAAGAGAAAUCCCAUUGCUGUUCAGAAUGUGGCAAACAAUUCUCACGUAUUAGCAAUCUUCAGACCCACAGAAGGAUCCACACGGGAGAAAAACCCUAUUGUUGUCCAAAAUGUGACAAAUGUUUUACUUUCAGUAGCAGUCUUCGUGUGCACACACAAGUACACGCUGCAGAAAAGCCACAUUGUUGCUCUGAAUGUGGCAAAUGUUUCUCUUAUAGCAGCAGUCUUCGCGAGCACAUGCAAGUUCAUACUGUGAAAAAGCCAUAUUGCUGCUCUGACUGUGGAAAACAAUUCUCUUACAGUAGCAGUCUUCGCCAGCACAUACGAAUUCAUGCUGCAGAAAAUCCAUAUUGCUGUUCUGAAUGUGGAAAAAGAUUCUGUAAUAAUGGCAAUCUCCUGAGACACACACGCAUUCACACCGGAGAAAAACCAUAUAACUGUUUGGAAUGUGGCAAGCGGUUUUCAGUGAGCAGCAGCCUUAAACUGCAUAUGACAGUUCAUACAGGAGAGAAACCCUAUUGCUGUCCAGAGUGUGGUAAACGAUUCUCACUUAUAAGUCAUCUUCAGAGCCACACAAGAAUCCAUACCGGAGAAAAACCUUUUUGCUGCUUGGAAUGUGGCAAAUGUUUCUCGUUCAGUGCAAACCUACAUACCCACACACGAAUCCACACUAGACAAAAACCUUACUGCUGUUCUGAAUGUGAUAAAAAAUUUUCCAGUUACCUCAGUCUUAAGAGACACACAAAAGUCCACAAGUAGGAGUGAUGUUCAGUCCUGUAAGCAAAGUAAAUAAUUGUUGAGAAAUUAAAACUAAGAGAGAGCUGAUUGCUGUUCAGAAUGUGAAAAAUGAUUUUCCACGAGUAGUGCUCUUCCAAUGUGCAAAUGGAGUCGAUCAGUAGAGAAUCUGUUUUGUGAUUCUUAACGUGGAAAACAUUUCUCUUACAAUAAAGGACCUUCAACAGCAUGCACAAAUUCAUACUGCAGAAAACUUUUGCUAAAAAUCUAUAUUGUUCUCAGUGUGGAAGAGGUUUCCUCAGAGCUGUAGUCAUCUUAAACAUAAAGUCAUACUGUGAAAAAAACCUUACAAGGAGUGUUUGAUAAUUUGUCUACCAGAGUAUGAAAGAAAGUAGCAUGCUUGUUGAAUUCAAACAAGUCUGGACACUCUGUGACGUGUCUCAAGGUUACUCCUGCAGAGGUACGGCUCAGUGCGAGUCUAACAUUUCAAGGGACAGGAGAUCAGGAGAGUCCUCUUGUGAAUCAAGUAAGCUUCCUCACGACAAGGUGCCCACUGGUUCACAUGUCAUGUCAAUCCCAGGCUGCCAUCCGAGAAGUUGGGUUCCAACAGCUGAACCAUCCCCCCACUACAGUCCUGACCGGACUCCCUCCGAUUAUUUCCUGUUCUGAGUUUUGAAGAAGCCGUUUUCAAGUGAUGAAGACCUCAAGGCAGCUGUGACGAUGUCCUGCUUUGAAGAUCAGACAGAAGAUUCCCCACCCCCCAAGGGGGUUAAGGUCGUUGUAGGAUGAAGUGUAUGAAGCCAUUAGGAUGAUAUUGAAAAAUAACAUUUUUGGAGAACUUUUUCUUUCCUACUGAGGUAGAUAGUUUAUUGAAUGUCCCUCAUAUUGCUGACAGUUGAUGAAGACCCUUAUAAGAAUACCAUCUUCAAAGCGAAGCUAGAAAUUCAUAAUGUCGAGAAACCUUAUUGCUGUAUUGAAUGUUGCUGAUAUUCGUUAGAAAAUGGUGGGCUUUGUCACCAUGAAAGUAUUCCUACUAAUGAUAAAUCAAAAGCUUGAUUCAAAUGUGGCAAGUGUUUCCAAAAAAAGCAGCAGUUUUAACAUCCACAUGAACAUUCACACGGAAGACUAUGGAAAAUAACAAAAGUUAUGUAUUGGCAUAAAUAGACAUAAAACGAAUUAAGAGCUUCUAUAUAAAUUAAACAUAGUGUGAAUUAGAUAUGUCAAGUAAAUACAGGUAAGAUUCCAUUACAACAAACUCUCAGGGACCUAAAAAAUAUUUUGUUGUUAUGAGAUUCUGUAUUUGUUCCUAUAG